CAGCAGCAAGCUCACGCUACACACACACGUCACACACACUCAACGCUCGUCCUUCGUCCGGGACGCACGCAUGGAUGUCUGUGCCACCGGCUGUGUCUGCAGUCGCCAAGUUUCUGGAUUCGUAUUUCGUUGUUCCCCCGCGGGUUGUGUAUACGAGCGAGAAGCCAAGUUUCUGAAACAGAGUUCCACUUUUAUCAUUCGGCGGUCAAUUGUUCUCAAGAGAAAGAAAGAGCCCGUGGUGGCUAAGUUUCUGAAUUAGAUCUCGCCUUUUAUUAUUUGGUGGUACAGACAUUCGCAGACUCCUUUAAAAGCCAUUUGGGAGUGGUGCACGAGCUGGCGCCAAUUAAGGCCAGGCCGGCUUAUGAGCUUUGCCUUCCCGGUAUUAAUUGAUUGUUUUGGGAGUGGGUCUGGAUAAGGAAUAAAUUUCAGUGAUGAAAAUCAAUGAAUGUCGAGUGAUGCUCUCAGUGUAAAGCUGAUACGAGAGCUCGUCCGGACCCCAAGUGCUAAACUUUGGAUCUAUACAUCGUGUGAUUAGUGAGGUUCCCGAAUACGUCAAAAGGUAAAACGUUCGUUGCGGCCUGGGGUACAAGGUGAGAAAUAACGGUGUUUACUACAGACCGACGCAUCAGAAUGGGGACAAGGAACCUCCCCCCGAAGGGAUGGAUGUUUGGGACCGAUGAUGGCACCCACGUGCAGGGGUCCACUGUGGGUGAAGCAGAGGUUAACCUUGAAACGUGCACACCACUCACCGAGGACGGGCCUGAGGCGUCACUUAGUCUGACAGCCUUCAAGGGAGAACUAGACUCAGCUGUCUCCCAGUAUCUGUCCCAAGUAAAAGAUCUCGGCUACAAAGGAAGUGUAGACGAGGGGACCAAAGACAAAAAGCUUUUGGAAGUAAAGUUCAAGCUUGACCCAGAUGAGAUCAAACCGAGGUCUGCCAGCGAGCAAACAGCAGACGGGAAAGAAGCUAAACCAAAAAUCAAAGUUAUUUCUAGGGAAGAGAAAGGCGAACAGACUCAGUUGGAAGUUGAGCUUCCGUCACUAGAUAAUCCUCUGUACAUAACCCUUAGUGAAUGCUCUACAGGUUUGUUUGAACACCUUGAAGAAGGGGAACUAGAAGACUGUGAAGAGGUUGACGAAGAAGCACUUAAUUUCGAGCAUUAUUAUGAAAAUGGUCAAAUUGGAAGUGAAGAUGAACACAUUUAUGAGAAUGUAGAAAAUUCAAACAGUGAGGGAGAAGAACAUCUGUAUGAUACUUUACCAAGGCAUAAACCAGACGUACCACCAAAGCCAGACUUCUUAGCUCAGCUUGCAGCCAGACAGAGUGAGCCAGUGAAACGUGCUUGGAAUCCUUUUGUGAACUUGAAUGUUGAUACUGAUGAGACGCCUUCAUUUAGCACAGCCUCGCCGCUUUCCUCACCCAGUUCUGACAAUUCAGCAAACUCAGGAAUAACCAGAAAGCUUGGAAAAAAUAGAUCCAACCCUUUCCAGUCCUCCAGACCAAGAGAAACAAGUGAACAAACUCUUAUUCUUGAUGGUUCUGAAACCUCAGACCUUGGUUCAUCUGGUGGUGAAGAUGAAAUAAGAUCAGUAGAGGAUUGGCCUUUACCUCCCACACCUCCUCCCGGUGAAGCAGAGAUUAUAGAAGAAGACAACCCUUUGCCUCCACCUCCUCCAGAACUUGCAUUGCAGGAACUUGAAGAGGCCGUUAUUCGUGAGGAAGAGGAAGAGAGAAAACUAGCUCUGCAAAAAGAAAAGGAGGCAAUAGAAAGAGACUAUGGUUCAAAAGCACAGGAUUACGAGGAUUUAGAACAAGUUGAGGCUGUCAAUGAAACUCUCACAUCUUUAGAAGAUACUUACGCUAGUCCUUGCAAAAAGAAAAAGGAACUCGUACUGAGAGAAGUCAUCAAGGAACCCAAGAUCAUUCAGAUUGAUGAUGAUGAUUAUGAAGAUUUUAACACUCCUGCCAUAAGACAUUCUGUGAUUAUUGCACUGAAGGACUCUAUUCCUAGCAUACCACAGAGCAUCAAGCCCUCUGAUAUAAGAAGAAAAGAGAGUCUUAAACGAAGUGAGAGUCUGAAAAAGGUCGGCCUAUUCAAACCUAAAGACAGUAAGCACCACAUUGAACGCAGAGAAUCAAUUUUCAAAUUAUUCCCACAAACUGUAAAGUCAGAACCCAAGGUAUCUAGGGAAACAGGAAGUAUAUCAGUUGGAGUAGUGUCCCCAAAACAAGAAAUUCCUCCUUUAGAAUUUCUGGAGAGUAGAAAAGGUGCAGAUCAAGUGAUUGAAAUCUCAGAGGACGGAUCUUGGGAAAUGAAAAAAAGCAUGGAUCAAGAAAGUGCCAACCAAGCAAAUAAACCAGAUAUUGACCCUUUCACUGGAAUCCCAAUAAUGGCUCCUCCUCUUAGCCCAGUUAGCAUUCCAGCCCCACCUUCAGAGUUCCAAACAAAUGAUGGUACAGAUGGAGUAUUCUCUGCUGAUAUUGUCACGACUCACUCAGGUCCCUCAUCCUUGGCUAGUACCAUCACUGAUUCCACCGCAGGGGAUCUGGUGCCGCCAGCUACUCCCACUUUGCUGACUCCUUCUGAAGCUAUUCAGGAAGAAUCUACUCAAGAAUCUGAAAAUAUGACCGUUGCUAAGGUUAAUGGCAAUGAAACAGAAUUUAUAACUAAUGGGAGAGUAACUGAUUCACCAGGUAGUCAACAGAAGAACAUUGGGGCAGCCAUCAUGCAAAGCUAUGAAAAUGAAUUCCUGAAGAAAAAAGAAAGUAUGAAUUUGCCCGAAGUUUCCCUACUUGAAUUUGGUGACUCUGUACGUGAUUUGGAAGAACAAAGAAAAUCUGUCAUAAAACAAAUGACUGUAAAAGCUAAAAAGAAAGAUACAUGGAUCAAAACUUGCCACAUGCACUCCAAAGGUAACGAAGAUAGCAUCCCUGUUGCCCCAUCAAGAGCUAGAAGGAAAAAUUCGCCAAGUCGUCCUAAUGUUUGCGAAGCAACCCCUGUACCUCAUGCUAAGUCUGAUGGUCAAAUGGACGAUGAAAUACUCGAAAAUGUGAAUCCAGUUGAAGUAGAUAUUCCCAAGAUUGCCAGUUUGAUUGAAACAAUCAAUGAUUCAGUAGAACAAUCCCAGAUUGGCAUGUUGCAGAUGGGUCCAGAAGAACCUAAAGCUCCCCCAAAAGUUUCAAGAAAACACAAAAAAAGUGUUCCGAAGGCUGACGCUGCACCUGUAAACCUUGAUAAAGUUGAUAACCAAGAGGCAAGUAUAGAAGAGGUCAUUUCUCCUAAAAAUACAGAAAUUUUAGCUGCUUUCUUCUCAUCACCUGUCAAAACUGCAAAAAUUCCAGAAGUGAACCAAUCCCCACCACUGCCACCAAGAGCCAAAGAAAUACAGAAUAAGGAACUGCUCUCUCAACCCCUAGAAGCGGCCUUUGAAUCGGAAGGUCUUGACGAAGACCAUGCAGAGUCUGACAUUACUCCAGAAGUUAAACGUAGUGAAGUGCAUCUUGAACGAUUGAUUAGUGUGGAUGAACCCUCCUCAGAAAACUUGAUGGCGAUGAAUAAGCCCACUUCAGAAACCAUACUAGAUAAUUGCCAUCUUGGUGAUGCUGAUUUCGAAGAAGAUCCGUUGGUGAAAGAGAAAAACGCCAUUAAUGUCGGUCAUAGUAUUGUACCUCAAGUCCAGAACAAUGAAACAAAUAUAGAAUUUGAAAAGGAUACUGAAAUAAAAGAGCCUCAAAUAGAGAAUGAAAUUCCAGCCGAACCAGCAGAAAGGAACAAAGAACAGGUCAUCGACGUCACAGCUGUUCCAGAUCUGAUGGGAGAUGAAGGCGAAGUCGAGUACUUCAGCAUUUUGGACAACAAGUCUGCCACCAAGACCUACUGGGAGACGCGCAUGUUGGCCACUAUGGACGAUGGCGGAUGGGAGAGCGUGGCCAACGUCCGAUUCCAGCCUGUUCCAGGCGUCACUCCCGUCGUGGUCCAGGGCGAGGAGAGCAUGGACACGGUGACUCCCCCUCCGGAAUUCAUGCCAGCUCCGCCUCCCCAGUUCGACAACUCCCCCGUCGACUCUGAGGGAUCGAGUCCCCCUUCAAUGGAGGACCCUCUGAAGGAGCAGCCCCCCCACCACGACGCGGAGGAGGACUCCCUCCCCGCCAAGAAAUAUGUCUACGGAGUCAACGAGCAGGAAAAACACGGCGUCCGCGUCGUAGAGACAGUAGCCAAGAAGCCCUCCUCGCAGGAGAACGUGAUCGAAGCGGAGAUCAUGGCCCAACAGUUGAAGGAGGACGAACUCCGCCAGGAGGUGACCCUGAAGAACACCGUCCUCCGAGAAAAGGGCGCCUCCUCCCCCGCCAGUCACGACUCCGACGAGGGCUUCGUGGAUCGCCUCGGCGAGGACGUCGCAGCUGUCACAUCCAGUGGAUAUCCCCAUGGCCUGAGGGAGCAUGACGGCGAGGGCGUCAUCUACAAUGCCGUCAGCCCACCUCCUGAGUAUUUCGGCUCUGGAAACAGCACACCCACUCCUUCCUCAAACACCGAGACGAAGAUCGCUCUCGAAAUCAGGGAACUGAAGGAGCGAGAAGAGGAACUCCGCAGGAUGAGAGCCCAGCUCACCAGCUCCAGGGACACCCUCAAUGAGGACGAAGAGUCCAGGAGCUCAGCCUCCAGGGAACAGCUCCUGGAGGACCACUUCACCUCCUUCACUACCACCACCGACGAAGGGAAUUACUCCGAGUGCGGGGAUGCCGUGUCCUCGGAGGAUAAGAGCAGUGAUGGGUCUAAUAGCCGCAUCAUGUCUCCCGAGCUCCUCCAUCCCGGAACACAUCUCGACUUCUCCCGCAGGAAAGUGACGGUGAAGCCCUUCGAAGAUGAAGAGGAAGACCAGCCUGUCUACACAAGGAUGCAGAAGGAAUCUGUCAUCGAGCGGGAGAUUCGUCUCGCCCGGGAGAGGGAAGAGGCCUUCAGGCGCGAGAAAGGUCUGCUCCAGAACUCCGCCGGCAAUGUCGCCAACCGACCAAAUAACAACAACAACAAUAACACCACCACAACCAACAACAACAACAAUACAAUAUUUUCGCGGCCCUCUGCCUUCGCCAAGGAAGACCCCAGGGACGUCCAGCACCGCAUGGCAACUUCCAGAAUACAGCUGGAGAUCCAGGAGACCUGCGAGAAGGAAAAGGAACUGCGGGAUGCUGGAAAGAUACUGACCACCUCCGAGGAGACAGUUGAUGCGAAAGUGACCCGUAUGUCUGACUUCACUGACCUGAGCCAGAUUGAUAGUGCUUGGAACCGAACACCCACGUCAUCAUCCACUUCUUCGUCGCCUUCUCCAAGAAGCCAAAGUGUCAGCGGCCCUGCCCCUAACCUAAAGCGAAGCCCUUCUCCUAGGAGCCCGUCCUCCCCCGUGCCCUCAUUUAACCUGGCUCCUCCUCCUCCUCCUUCUAGAGGCAUGACCAAAAGCCUGUCCACUACUAACCUGGCUAGCCCCACGACCCCUACUGGAGUGCGAGCACCCAAGGGCCUCAUGCAGAAGUUCAUUGCGUCCAGAGGAAAGAUGACCACCUCAGCUUUCUCCUCCCCACCUCCCAACAACCUGCACAUAACCUCGACCUCUCGGGGCAUCCCCACGAGGCCCAUGAGAGUAGAACCAAAGCAGGCGGCGGUAUUACAGCGUGAGACGAUUUCAAGAUUGAAACCCGCACCACAGACUAAUGGAGAUGCGGAUCCCGCGCCUGCAACAACCAAUAGCAACCAAGCCCAGCCAUUCCGCCGGUCUUAUUGUACAGCAGAAGAAAAGAUUCAGUUAGAGUUGCGGGAGAUGCAACAACGAGAGGAGGAGUUAAGACGUCAUCGUGCCCGCUUGUUAGCGCAGUCACAACCCAAUCUUGCCGGCCUAGCUCUGGACGAAGAAGACUUCGAGCCACAUGAAGACGCAGCAGACUCACUUCACGAAAUGAAUGGCCUGCGUGCAGUUCUUUCUAACCCGAACCUCCUGGAAGACGAGCCAGAGCAGACACAGGCCGUUGAAAAGGGGGUUAGGCGUCGAAGUGCCCUGAUCGCUCAGUGGGAAAACCGUAUCCAAAAGGCUGACACGUGAGCCUGUAUUACAGAUGCAUUAGUUACUUGUGUUUGAGCAAGUUCAGCCAUAUGCAGACAGCAGGCCAGCUCACUUGUGGCAGCCAUUAGCUGAGUGGAACUUGCAGCUUUACUUAUGAUAUAGAUUUGGUCUGUAUAUUUAACUAUGCUAGAAUGGUCAGUCUAUUUUUCUGUUUGCUUAUAUAUUUUUUACUAAUUGAAACGUUGAAGAAAAUGCUACCAUUGAUGUCAGCUGGCUGCUGUGGCCAUGAUUGUGAUUUAUAGUGUGAUAUAGUUUUUUUUUUUAUUCACAAGUAAUUGAAAUGCUUUUCAGUGUUAUUAGCAGGGUUGUAGAUGAGGGCUAGUUUCUAUAACCGAUACUGUAAGUUUAUCACUUACAAAACUGCAAGUCUUUUACCUUCUAUGAAGAUCUAUUUUAAUUGUGUACAGUAAAUACCUUUAGGUUUUUUUUUGUCUUAACAAAUUGUAGAUUAACACUUUUGGGGUAAUUUAUAUACAUUAUAUAAAUACAGUAUAUAUUAGAAGAGGAUUCUUCUCUCCAUAGCCUUAUUUGUACAUAUGUAGAAUAUGCAGUGUUAUUAAGCGGUAAUUAAUCAUUAUAGGAUUAUCUUUUUAAUCAGCUGCAAUGUAUUUGUAAUGUUGAUUAAAUCCUUUGUAUGUUAUUUUAGAAAAUAACGUAGAUUAAGGUUAUAUGAGAUGCUGUAACGGCGAGUCUGCAGGCGGAAUUUUCAGACAGGGGCCCUGGGCCCUCAGCUGUAUACCACUUUGCACAAAUAAAAAGCUUCCAGUCUAAAAUAAGGACAAACCUUC